GCGGACUCCCCUUGCCUCACUCGGCUUCCGGCCUCCCUCCCUCCUGCCGUGCGGUGGCGACUCUAUGGUGCCUGCUUCCGGUUCCGUCUCCCGGUCUCCUUCCCUUGCUCGGUUCCUUUCUGCCUCCGCCUCCGCCCGCCCCUUUUCCCUUGUCCGGCUCGGCGGGGCCUGCGCCUGCCGUCCUGCCUGCCUGCCUGCCAGCCAUGGGUGCCUACUUGUCGCAGCCCAGCACGGCCAAGAGUUCCGGGGACGGCUCCGGGGCAGGGCCGCGUCCGCUGCACUUCGGCUAUAGCGCCAUGCAGGGCUGGCGAGUCUCUAUGGAGGACGCCCACAACUGCAUUCCCGACCUGGACAGCGAGACCGCGAUGUUCUCCGUCUACGACGGGCACGGAGGGGAAGAAGUUGCUUUGUAUUGUGCCAAAUACCUCCCAGAAAUCAUCAAGGACCAGAAAGCAUAUAAGGAAGGCAAGUUGCAAAAGGCACUUGAAGAUGCUUUUCUGGCAAUUGAUGCCAAGCUGACAACAGAGGAGGUGAUCAAGGAAUUGGCACUGAUGGCAGGUCGACCCCGAGACGAUGGCGAGGAGAAGGAGGAAAAAGUGGCAGAUGAAGAUGAUGUGGACAAUGAGGAGGCUGCCUUGCUGCACGAGGAGGCCACCAUGACCAUUGAGGAGCUGCUCACUCGCUACGGCCAAAACUGUGUCAAGGGCAAGCUGGGGCCACCAGGCAGAGAACUGGCUCAGGAGGACCCCCCGGCCCAGAGCCUGAAUGGGGAGGCAGACGCAGAGGAGCUGUUGAGGCAUCAGGAGGAGGAGGAAGAGGAGAACGGCCAGCUCCGCCCCACCAGCACCUCUCCUGGCCCAGAUGCAGCUGGUGGAGGGGAUGCUGCCCUUUCCCAGAAGAAGGCUGCUGCAGAGGGGGAAGCACCCUCUGCCACAGGGGAGGCCGAGCCAUCCUGCUCCUCCACAAGCAAGGCCCAGCGAGCCGCCAAGUCCAAGUUCUUUGACGACAGCGAGGAGGAGGAGGAAGAGGAGGAGGAGGAAGAGGAGGAGGAGGAAGAUGACAGUGAGGAGUGCAGUGAGGAUGAGGACGGCUACAGCAGCGAGGAAGGAGAAGAUGAGGACGACACGGAAGAAGCUGAGGAGGAUGAGGACGAAGAUAUGAUGCUUCCAGGCAUGGAGGGCAAAGAGAAGCCUGGCUCAGACAGUGGCACAACAGCAGUGGUGGCACUCAUCCGGGGCAAACAACUCAUUGUGGCCAACGCUGGGGACUCUCGCUGCGUGGUGUCGGAGGGCGGCAAGGCUGUGGACAUGUCUUACGACCACAAGCCAGAGGAUGAGGUGGAGCUGGCCAGAAUAAAGAACGCCGGUGGGAAAGUGACUCUGGACGGCCGUGUGAACGGGGGUCUCAACCUCUCCAGAGCCAUUGGAGAUCACUUCUACAAGCGCAACAAGAACUUGCCGCCAGAGGAGCAGAUGAUUUCUGCACUGCCAGAUAUCAAGGUGCUGACAGUCAAUGAGGACCACGACUUCAUGGUCAUCGCCUGCGAUGGCAUCUGGAACGUCAUGAGCAGCCAAGAGGUGGUAGAUUUUGUCCAGUCCAAGAUCGCUGGAAAGGGGGAGAGCGGAGAGCUGCAGCCUCUGUCGUCCAUAGUCGAAGAACUCCUGGACCGUUGCUUAGCUCCUGACACGUCUGGGGACGGGACAGGCUGUGACAACAUGACCUGCAUCAUCAUCUCCUUCAAAACACGCCCCAGCCAGCCCCCCCCUGCCGAGGGCAGCAAACGGAAACUGGAGGACGAUGACAACACAGGGGCGGCGACGGUGGCGGCAGUAGCAGUAGUGGCGGCAGCAACCACAGCCCCCACGGAAGAGAGCUGCAGCAAGAAGGCCAGACAGGACUAGCACCCGAGUUGGGCUGGGGAUUGCCUGAGCUCGCACUGGACUCUUGUUUUCUAAAACAAUGCUGAACUCUCGAUGCCUGAGUUAGGCCAUUUUUAGCCUUAGGGAGGCCCAGUUUGUCUGUGUCAGUUUGGAGGGAGGAGAGAGGUUCCUGUGGGUCCCACUCACUGUUCUUUGCAACCAUUCCAAAGAGUGAAUGGCAGGGGAGGUCUAGGGCCCAGCCGGAGCCCAGCUGCCGACCUCCUCCUCACUCCCCCUGCCCACCCAUCCCCCAACCCAGCAGCGUCUCCAAAUGGUGGUUGCCAUUUCUGUGCCUGUGAUGUUUCUUUUGGUGGGAAGCAGUUUUUCAUUGUGGAGGUUUCUAAGCUGCCCCCCACCCAUUUAAGGCCUUGUUUUUUAUUUGGGGGAUUGGGUCCCCCACACACACAUUGGCUGCUGAGCCUCACUCUGUGUCAUUCACUUUCAACAGAUUUUUGAAACUAAAAGCCCAAAAAAGUA